AUGCUAGAUGUCAAGGGUUUCCUUGAAAAGGUGCUUGACAAGAAGUUUGGAGAUCACGUAGUUCAAUGUCUAAAGGACGGUAAUCUCUACAAGUUCGUUACUUUUAAACACAAUGCUUGGGAUCCUAUUGAUGUUACCCAGUUUUACAUUAAUGCUGAGGUGCAUACUGUAAAUGGCAUACAUGAAAUUCACUCAGUAGUUCAUGGUAUUGAGGUUGUUGUUACUCAUGAAGAUAUACAGAAAGUUUUUGAUUUUCCCAUUUGUGGAGACGGUUUCCACCUAGAUUGUUCUGGAAAGGAAUAUAGUAAGAAAAGAAUGUGGAAAAAGAUGAAAGGCUAUUCACAACCAAAAUCUGUCCCAUCCAUUUUAAAGAAGAAAAUGUUGAAAUUGGAUUAUGAAUUUACAGUGGAUAUUCUGAAUAAGGUUGUUGAAAGCAAGCAAUCCGGCACCGACGAGAUUUCUGAUAAGAAGAUGCGGAUGCUUUGUGCACUUUUGGAGAACUACUCUGUUGAUUGGUGGAAGGUCAUAUUUGCUCUCUUAGUUGAAAAUGUUCAAACGGGUGUUGAUCCUACAUCCGGAUGGAUAGUCAAAGUUCUUGGAUAUGGGUUCAUGAUCACUGCCAUUCUGAAGGAUAAGAAGGUGAAGUUCCGCACUGGGACAACCUCUCAUCGAACUCAUUAUCACAUGACCUCAAAUCCUCCAAAUUAUCUCAAAAGGAAGGCAGAAGAAUUGGAAGCUGCCUUAAAGAAAGAACAGAAGAAACAAAACUCUAAGUCGUCAAAAAGCUCAGUUGGACAGGGGGAAACUGAAGUAGCCAAAGGGCAUGGCUCGGAAGGCUCCACACACCAGCCAAAGCCACAACCCGAGCCAUCAAAACCAAAAGUCUCCAAACAUACUGAAUCCUCAAAACACACCGAGUCAGUAUUUGAGGAAAAGACAGAUAAACCUUUCAAAAAGCGCAAGGCAGGAGAUUUGGAAGCUGCCCAGAGAAAGAAGUCAAAGAAACACAAAUCCAAACUAUCUAAGGGCUCGACUGAGAAGGAAUGGGAGAAAGCCGAAUCCUCACAUGAGGAAGAGGCUAAGGCAUCAAAGGAAGUGACGAAGAAGCGGAAGGCGAAACAACUUAAACGUCCGAAAAAGAAGCAGAGGAAAGAUCGGACUGAAGAAGUUGAAGCGGCACAUGAGCCACAGUCAGCUGCUGUCUUACCAGCAGAAGAGGAACCGAGGGAUGCUCAAAUUGAAGAUUGUCACCGAGUUCUUCCCACACCUCUUGAUCUCUCCAAAGAAGACAGUGAUGAGGAAGAUCAAAUGCCUCUCACUAGGCUAAUAAAACCAAAACCUCAUCAAUCCGAAUUGAUCUCUGCACAACCUGCUUCUGAGUUGGUUCCACCUCACGAACCUUUAACUGCUGAAAUGGAAAGUCCCGUUGCUCCCAUGUCCAGCGCACAACAUCUGGCAAUCACUUUGCCAUGUAGUACAAAUGAGUCAGAUUCCGAAUUCACAAUGAUAGAGGAUGACUCUGAGGGGGAAGAUGUUGAUGUCUCUUAUCAAUCCUAUCGACCGAUGUUAGAGACAGUUCGAAGACAAAUAACAGAACACUUGUCCCCUCUCAUAGCUCAUAUCAUGCUUAAUCUUGAUUAUGUUCACAGACACAUCUACCUGCAAUGGCCACAAGUAUCUACUGUUCGGAUUGAGGAGAUCACAUCUGCAACAACUGAAUCUGAAAUACCCGAAUCAUUUCAGCAGCUCACUCUCCAUCCCGAUCAUAUUUCUCAACAAAUCAAUGCCGAUGAAGCCUUGGCUCAACAGUUGGCAUAUGAGGAAUCUGAUGAUGACAUGCCUCCUGCCGAAGCAUUCACUGCCUUACCAUCUCAUGAAGAGAUAUUAAGACAAGAACUCGCUCGCAUUUAUAAUUGGCAGAGAUGGCGAAUGUCAAGUCUUCGAGUUAUUGCAAGUACAAUCAAUAAAAUGGCCGAAGAAGAAGAAUGGGCACUAGAUUGGAUCGGCACACGAUUUGUUUUUGACGCCACAAGGCCUGAUGAAAUUGAAAGAGUUUUUGCUGAAAAACUACAAGGAAGAACAACUCGGUUUGGCAAAUCUGUCGAUGUAAACGUUGGCUACCGAACACCUCGGGAACGCCUAAUGAUCGAAGACAUGCAGAUUGCUAGGAUUCACAAUAUCUCUCGUGCACAAACGGAGAUACGGGAGCUCAGACCCAAUAUUGGACCAAGUCAUCUUCCUGAUGAAGAAGUAAAUGAUGAUGAGGAUUCGGAUACUAAACCAAGUGAAGGAUGUCGUGAUCAAGACGAUAGGAAAGAUGAUGAUGAUGACAAUGACGAUCCAUCUGGGAACAUAUUUCCUCCUUCUCGUGCAUCCCGAACCGUUAUGAAUCCAAAUACAGGUGAACAGACUACUCACAAUCAUAAUCAGUCUCAAACAGAUGAGCCAAAGUCUGCACCCACCGAAUCCUUAGAACCACAGAUUAUGCUAAAUCCUAGUUCAGCCCGAGAUGAAAACAUGGAAGCAUCUCGAGGUGCGAAUCAUGAUGGGCUGCAAAUCGUUGAUGAAGAAAUGAUCCUGUCAGAUCUUAAUUUGGUUGAUGUUGAGGUGGAAGUCUUUCCUGACUACACUUCGGAUGGAAACCUGGAAGCAUCCAAAAGUGCAAAUCCCGAAAACUUACCCUCUCCAAUCGACGAAUCAAAUGGAUUGAAACUUGCUGAAGGACAUGAACUUGUUUUAACUCAAGGUGAAAACAUGGAAGCACCUUCCAAGGACAGUCAUGGUCCAUCUGCUGACGCAUCCAAGAGCUCGGACUCUUCUGAGGGUUUAGCAAGGACUCAGGAUGCUCAAUUCAAGUCUCUUGAUGAGUUCAUCAAUAAAAUCAAGAAGGAUAUUCGAAGGCAGAAAAAGAAGUCCUCAAAAUUCAACAUCGAUGAAAGGCUUACUGCUCUUGAGAAAAAGAUUAACAAUGCAUUUUCUAAGAAUCUCAUUUCCCUUGGAUCAUUGAAGGACUCGGUAACAGAAAUCACGACCAUACAGCGUGAUCUGGUUACGAAGCAUGCCUUCAUCAAGGAGCGUCUUGAUCUAUCUUGCUCCAAACUUGAAUCUGUCAGUGGAAAUCAGCACGCAACAUCAUCUCUUGUUUGUGAGUUCGAGUGGACUCUUAAAGAAUUGCAAGUCUGCAUCAAUCGUCUGAGUAACAAGGUGGAUAUUCUCAUCGAAGUUAAUGAUGCCAACAAGGGGGAAGAAAUGAAAGGAACGCCUCACGGCACUUGUAAAGGAAAAGAAAUUGUCCGAAGAAAUGAUGAUCAGGACAAUGAUGAUGUUUCACGAGAAAUGAAGGCCAUCCUGAAUCUUAGGAAAACUCCAUAUCCUUCACCAUCUCCGAAGAGAACGCAAAAUAAACCUUCAGGUGGUGAACCGAGUUCUAAAAGACAGAAGAAACAAGGCAAAGAAAUGAAGCAAAUGACUCGAAGAGUAAAUGGAGAGCCUAUUGAGUAUGUUCCAUACAAAGAGGGAUCUUAG